CGAUUGAAUUGAAAUCUCUUUCACGGGAUAUAGCUCAUGUGAAGGUUUUAAGAGGACUCUAUCUGCAACACUGCAACUCUUUAACUCUGCAUCAGUUCUGAAUUCAUCUCUAUCUGCAAGACUGCAACUCUUUUUAACUCUGCAUCAGUUCUGAAUUCAUUUCAUAUAAAUAGAAUGUGGUUAAUAAGGUUGCUGGUAGUUGUAUCGAUCCAAUUGAAAACAAAUAGGAAUCAUUUCCUCAUUAGAGAGAGAGAGAGAGAUGGAAGGAAUUGAGCACAGAAUGGUGAGUGUGAAUGGAAUAAACAUGCACAUAGCGGAGAAAGGGGAAGGUCCGGUGGUGCUGCUUCUUCAUGGGUUUCCCGAGCUCUGGUACUCAUGGAGGCACCAGAUUUCUGCAUUGGCCUCCCACGGCUACCGAGCUGUGGCUCCUGACCUCCGUGGUUUUGGUGAUACCGAUGCACCGCCUUCUCCCACCAGCUAUACCGCCUUUCACAUUGUUGGCGAUCUUAUUGCCCUCAUCGAUCUCCUCGGCCAAGAUCAGGUGUUUGUGGUGGGACAUGACUGGGGAGCUUGGAUUGCCUGGUAUUUCUGCUUGUUUCGCCCUGACCGAGUUAAGGCUCUCGUCAACCUCAGCGUCGCCUUUUAUCCUCGAAACCCAUUAGCCAAGCCCCUCGAUCAAAUGCGAGCUGCCUUGGGUGAGGAUUACUAUAUCUGCAGAUUCCAGGAACCUGGAGACAUAGAAGAUGUGUUUGCUCGUUUUGGUACUGCAUCAGUACUGAAAAGAUUUCUAACAUCACGCGAACCAGCUCCAUUCUAUCUUCCUAAAAACAAAGAAUUCAGAGAUUCACCAAAUGGUGAAAUUUCCUUACCCUCUUGGUUAUCAGAAGAAGACAUCAAUUACUAUGCCAACAAAUUGGACAUGAAAGGCUUCACUGGAGGAUUGAAUUAUUAUCGAGCAUUGGAUCUAAACUGGGAGCUCAUGGCACCAUGGACUGGUGUACAAGUAAAAGUACCAGUCAAAUUUGUUGUAGGCGACCUCGAUUUGGUAUACAACACCUUAGGUGCAAAGCAGUAUAUACAUGGUGGUGGUUUCAAGAGAGAUGUGCCAUUUCUGCAGGAUGUGGUUGUGAUGGAAGGAGUGGGUCACUUCCUCAACCAGGAAAGGUCUGAUGAAAUAAACACCCAUAUUUUGGACUUCAUUCAGAGAUUUUGAUCAGGCUUUCUUGAGCUCCUUCCUUUGGUGUUCCAUGACCACUAAAAUGUUUUGUGAUGUGCUUAUUUAAUCUACUUAUCAGGUUCUUGCCUAAAAGCAGCACUUUGUUCUGUUUUUGUUUUCGCGUAUUAUGUUUGUAACCGGUUAUGACCAAAGGUGUUACUCCCUCCUGGAAAAUGUAGCAGCCAUAUGAUGGUUGAUCCUGCAUUGGUCUCGUACGGGCUUGGUGGGGGGUUGCUAUUGUCUUGGAUUUCAUCACCUUAGACUGAGACUUGUAGUGGUCGACAUUUGCAAUGGUGCAACUUUGCAAGGGAAAUUGGAAUUAUCCUACACUGAGGGUGAGGUCAUAAUGUAUGCAGUCUUACUCCUGCUUCGUAGCGGGUUGUUUCAAAGCUUUAAUUUGUUACUUGAAAAAGUUAGUAUCAACUGAAACUUGACUUAUGAGCAA